UUCUGGCUAUAGGCACUCUCCCCUCUAGCCUGGCUUGGCCAUCUACCCUGUAAGUGUAGUCAACUUCAUUUCCUUUCAGCAGAUUUCAUCAUCAGUAUUACUCAUGUGCUCACCAAUCAAAGUGACACUGUGGUAGAGAUAUGAAAGUAAGUGUGGUGCAGGUGAGCAUUCAGGACUCCUCUUUGUAAUUUGUAGCAAAUUACUCAAAUAUUCCACUCUUUUGUUGAUCUGUGAAUAUUUGAGAAAUGAAUUUUCCUCUGUAAACAUUGCUUUGUCUCCUUUAGACUGGCAGAGGACAGUGCAGCAGCCCCCACACAAAACUACAAUUUGCACAUGGCUAAAGUCCGUGGUUAUCUUACAGCAUCCUGGGCACGUGAAGUAGGAAUUGGUCUCUGCAGCAGGUGCUGCUUCUUGCAUUUCCUGUUCAUUUCUGUAGAGAGAUGGAGGAGCUCCUUUGCUUGAGGUAGAGGAAUGAAAACCUGUUGCAGUUGAGCCCAUCAACAUCAGUAGUUGAGACUUAAACCAUACCUGAACUUUGAGUGAGAUCCUUUUCCUAGUGUUGUCAGUCUGAGAAGCCAGCCUCCAUGGGAAAGCUUAAGCAGAGUAUACUCACCCGUGAAAUUUGGAUUUUGCUGCAUUCAAACAGAGAAUAUCAACAGUAUUCCACUGUUAGAUGAUUGACUACAGAAUGGAAGGAAACAGAAGACAGAAGCCUUUAUCUGAAUCUUUCUUUGCUUAAAGAAUCCAUCAGGGAUGCUGAUUCUCAGGAGCCUGGCACCUCAAAGGAUGCAAGUGCUUCAAAUGGACCUGUCCGAAGACUACUGGUGCACGGUCCGAUAAAGUUAAGAACGGGUGAUAAGAAAACAAAGCGUCAGGCUUUUUUGUACAAGGAUGAGCUGAAGAUUUCCAAUGUUCGGUACGGCAAAAAUAUUUACUACAAACAUGUAAUCCCUGUCAAUGAAAUAUGGAUUUCCAAAUGCAUUGUUGAGGAAGGUGAUACCAGUGCCUCCAGGUGCCUGAAUAUUGGGUGGCCAAUGGUCAACUACAGGGCCAAGUUCUUUUCCAGAACAUUCAUGGAAAAAUGGGAACGCUUGCUGGACAGGUGUAUAACUGAGUCGAAAGAGAAAGAUCAAAAGCAGACCACACUUCUGCAGAUAGAAUCACUCACCGAUAGCAACAUUCCUUAUUCUGGAAUUAUAACAGUUACCAAUUUAGACACCGUGAAUGACGUUAUCCAUAUGGCACUACCAGUGCUAGGAUUAAGUGGCUCAGAAACGGACUACCAAAUGUGGGUCUAUUCAAACCAGAGAAAGAACUCUUACCCACUCAUUGGGUAUGAAUGUCCAUAUGCUAUUCAAGCAAGCUACCAUCGAGCUGCUCUUCAUAAUCAUGAACCGGGGAAGUCCACCUCCACCCUGAGCAUGGAGGAUCCUGUUCUGGACAUCUUGUCUUAUGGAGGGAUCCAGUUCGUUUUGAAGCCCAGGCACGUGGCUGAAAGGCCACGCCGCUGCGGCUUCAGAUGCAUAUCUAGACCAGACAUGGACUGA